CCAUCUUUCCAAUUAGAACAGUUCCAUGACUGGUGCGAGGUCAGCCUGUUCCAGGCCGUAUUUUCUCCAGCAUACUUAUUCUGCCAAAUUUUACCUUAACAAAAACAACAUACUCUGUCCCGAAGCCUAUAGAACAAAGUAUUGUUCCCACAACCUCAAAUGUAACAUUAUCUUCUUGCGUAAGGCCUAAGACUAAACAUUAACCCCAUGAUUCCCCCUACCGCAGUACCAUUCUUCCACAAAUGACUAGGACGUGUGAAUGUUAAAAAAAGAACAGUAAUGAGGUUUUCUAAAUUUACUAUGCGGGCGCCGAUGGAAAGAAUUCCGAAUGAACGUAUCACCCGUCAUCGUGUAAAAUCUGAUUUAGUGCACACGAUGAAGCGUGCAUGAAAGUACUCAGUGACUAAUGAGUAUUGUCUUGUUUUCGACAAUUUAAUUUGGUUAAAUAUUUUACUCUGAGCUGCAAGAAAGCAGCAAACUGUAUUUGAUAAGGCUGCCCAUCCCCCAGCACAGACUCCGCUCCGCACGCUCAGGCAGAGAGGGAGAGAGAAAUGGAGAGAAAUAAGGGUGGUGAUAGAGGGGGGCGGGGGGGCUGCGAGGAGCGAUCCGCAGCACCAGCGGCAGGGAAACACACCCGUCAGCCGCCGCCGAGCAGAAAAAAAGAGAAGCAGGGACAAAGGAAAAUGGAGGCAUCGCUGAAGUACCAGUUUAAAGACAGACCGAGUGGAUGUGUUGGUCGUUUUGCAUGUAGCUGGACAUCGAGUCUUUUUUAACGAGGCUGCUCGAAGCAACAUCCUGGAAGAGAAAAAGACGGAUAGCUGAUUUCAAUCCGUGUGCGGAAUCUAUGCGCUUGCAAUGGCCGUGGAAAGGGGGUGUAUGAACAUUAAGAGGAACGUGCCUAUAUCCAUUUUCGUUUUUGUCUUUUUUCUUUUUGGCGGAUUUGCAUUUGGACAAAUUAGGUACUCGGUUCCGGAGGAAUCGGAAGAAGGAACAGUAGUUGGAGAUAUCGUGCUUGAUUUGGGGCUAGAUCUGAAAAAGCUGUCGACUCGAAAUUUAAAGGUAACCUCUAUCGACGGAAAGCGAUACGUGGGUAUCAAUCCUAAAAAUGGAAAACUGUGUGUGACUGACAGGAUAGAUCGAGAGACGCUAUGCGAUUUAAACAAACCCUGCCUAUUAAAUCUGGAGGUUGUGGUCGAGAAUCCGUCGGAAGUGCAUAAUGUGGAGGUGGAGGUUUUGGACGUGAAUGAUAACGCGCCGCAGUUCUCCACGGGCGAGAUCCAGCUGGACAUUUCCGAAGCUGCUCUCCCGGGUUCUCGCUUUCCUAUGGAGAGCGCGCAAGAUCUUGACAUAGCGUCUAAUUCAAUUCGGCUGUACCGCCUCAGUCCAAACGAGCAUUUCGCGCUGGACACUAACAGACCAUUGGUGAACAAUAAGCAAAUUGAGCUCGUGCUUAAAAAGGCAUUGGACCGCGAGCAGACCGCCUCCCAUCAGUUUAUCCUGACAGCUGUGGAUGGAGGCACGCCAGCGAAAACCGGCACGGCUACAAUUAACGUGCGCGUCCUGGAUGCAAAUGACAACACUCCUGUUUUUGACAGCUCGGUGUAUAAAGUGAAACUGCUGGAAAACUCACCCAAGGACACGCUGGUCAUAAAGCUAAAUGCCACUGACCUGGAUGAGGGCUCAAAUGGGGAGGUGUAUUAUUCCUUCAGCAGCUACACACCAGAGAGGGUCCGGCAGAUGUUCAGCAUGGAUGCCAACUCGGGGGAGAUCAGAUUGCGGAGCCCCGUCGACUACGAGGACACCAGCUCCUACGAAAUGUAUGUGCAGGCUAUGGACCGGGGUCCCGCAGCCGUGGCUGUGCACUGUAAAGUGGUGGUGGAAGUGGUGGACGUGAAUGACAACGUGCCGGAAAUCGUGCUGUCCUCACUGUCCAGCCCCGUACGGGAGGACGCACGGGCCGACACAGUGGUGGCACUGAUCAGCGUAACGGACCGAGACUCGGGUCCCAACAAGCAGGUCAGCCUGGAAAUUGACCCAGAGCUUCCAUUUAAGAUUAAGUCUUUCCGGAACUACUACACCUUGGUGACGGCCGCCUUCCUGGACCGGGAGACCACCGCCGCCUACAAUGUGACGUUGCGUGCCACCGACGGGGGCACCCCCCCGCUUUCGUCCCAGAUGACCAUCGAGGUGGACGUCGCAGACGUGAACGACAAUCCGCCUCGCUUUGAGCAGACGUCCUACACCGUGUAUGUGGUGGAGAACAACGCCCCCGGGGCCUCGCUAUGCAGUGUUCGGGCGCAGGACGCCGACAUUAACGAGAACGCCCGCAUCACCUAUACUGUGCUCAACGACAACAACCACGGCAUCCCUGUCACGUCAUAUGUGUCCGUCCAGCCCGACACGGGCGAGGCCUACGCCCUGCGCUCCUUCGACUACGAGACGCUGCGGGAGUUUCACUUCCAGGUGAAGGCCCAAGAUGGCGGCGUUCCCCCCCUCAGCCGCGUGGCUACCGUCUACCUGUAUGUGACGGACCAAAAUGACCACACCCCGGAGAUCCUGAGCCUUCCGGCCAACGGCUCGCGCUUCACCGAGACGGUGCUGAAGAACGCCGAGGCCGGCCACCUGGUGACCAAGGUGGCCGCGUACGACGCGGACGCAGGCCGCAACGCCUGGCUGCUCUACUCGCUGGAGCAGGCCAGCGAGCCCGAUCUGUUCAAGGUGCAUGAGCACACGGGUGAGGUGCGCACCACCCGCAAGGUGGUAGAAGACAACUCCACCUUCUUCAGUAUCUUGGUGGUGGUGCAUGACCAGGGCGAGCCAUCGCUGUCCGCCACCGUCACCGUCAAUGUGGCCGUCAUGGAGGCCCCGCCCAAGCUGAUCCCCGAUCCCAAGCGGAUUAUCCGACCACCCGGGGCGCUGCUCUUCUCCAACGUGACUCUCUACCUGAUCGUCGCCCUCAGUGCCACCACCUUCGUGUUCCUCCUGACUGUGGUGGUUCUUGCCAUAGUACGUUGCCACGCCUACUGCACCCAGCCAGGCUCCUGCUCCCCCUGCUGUGUGACGCAGAAGGUUCCUGCAGAGGGCGUCAUGGGCCCCGGCGGCCAGCAGCCCGGCAACAAUGUAGUACUUCGGCGUGACCUAAAGGUGGAGCCCCACUACAUCGAAGUCCGAGGAAAUGGCUCGUUGACCAAAACCUACUGCUACAAGACGUGUCUGACGGCCACAUCUGGCAGCGACACCUUCAUGUUCUAUAACACCGGCCUCCCACCUGGGGGCACCAUGGGCUCCGAACGCUUCUUCACGGGCCAGAGUGGCCAGAUGUUUGUCCGGAGACUCAGCAUGCCUGACGCCGCGCUGCAGCCUAAAGCCCCCAACGCUGACUGGCGCUACUCCGCUUCCUUGAGGGCAGGAAUGCAGAGCUCGGUCCAUAUGGAAGAGUCCUCGGUGAUGCAGGGUGCGCAGGGGGUUCUGGUCCAGAAUUGGCCAACCGUGUCCAGUGCUGCUGGAGAUGGUGAGGGUGGCGAGCAUUCCCCCCCAGUGGGCGCUGGCAUCAACAGUAACAGCUGGCAUUUCCGUUACGGCCCUGGUCCCGGGUACGGGCCCCCACAACAUCUGAAGCCGGGCGAGGUCCCCGAGGCCUUCCUCAUCCCCGGCUCGCCCGCCAUCAUAUCCAUCCGGCAGGACCAGGCCGGCAUCGACGACAAGGGCGACUUCAUCACCUUCGGCAAGAAGGAGGAGACCAAGAAGAAGAAAAAGAAGAAGAAGGGGAAAGACAAAAAGGAUAAGGGCAAAGAUGACGGAGACGAGUAGAGUAGGCGUGCAUAGCAACAGCCAAACGGAAGCAUACUACGAAAAGAUAUCCUCCAUGAUGCCAACCAUGUAAUCCCUGACGCAGAGUCCCUGCCCACCCAUACAUGUGUCCAUUAGAAUACUAACUCACUUCCUUGACCUGCUGGUCUUGUUGAAAUGAAUAUUGUCUCAUAGCGUUUUGUCAUUGGCUGCAGAGAGCAGAGAACCGAAAUCCCACCUCCCUGCUGUGGCGUGAUGCCACGCCCCCACGCCUCUGCGUGUCCUUGCGGGCCCCACCCAACUUGGCCUCAGUAUUUUUUGCCCAGCACUCUGUUUUUAUAGAACACCAUGAGUGAUUCAGACUAACAACAAACAAGAACAAACAACCAACCAAGCGAAGUGGGUUUUUUUGAACUGGCUGGCUCUACAGGCCUAGUAAACACACAGAAACACGGGUGACGGAACGGGUGACUGGCAGGACUUAACGCCCAAAAAAGGACACUUAUUUACAGCUCUCUCAAGUCCUUUAAGGAGGCUAAUGCACUCACACCCCCCCACCGCAGACAGAGCCGCACCUGGAUGGUGACUGAUCCCACAACUGGAUGAACAUGUUCUCCUGGACUUUAAAUAGCAAAGCAGUAGAAUAGUAGGAAUGACGCUCACUCUUCUUUUUACUUCCAGCUUGAUCCUUCUAUUCAGAAUUUUUUGGAUUUAUACAUGAAAAAGUUAAAUAAUGAAAAUGUGUUGCCUGACGUUCCGGCAUGUUUGAGCUUAGAACCCACACUUCUGCUGCCUUUCUUCAGGUGCUAGGGCCCCGGGUAUGGCUGCCUUUCAGUGGCCUGGGGAUGCAUCCCAUGCCAGUCUGCAAUUCAGACAGCAUCUGCAAGCGGCUGGAGUCUGACCUUUUUGUCCAGAGACCUGACACAGAGUGCCCAGAGCACAUAGGCUCCCAUAUCCUGACUCAGUAGCAAAGACUUCACUCAGCUGGCUGCAGUGCUGUGGCAGAGAGAGAGGGGGCAUUAGGGAGGGGGGGGGAGUGAGGGAUAGAGGGAAUAGUGUAGAGCAGUGUUACCCAACCUGGUCCUCAUGAACCCACAGACGGUCCACAUUUUCACUCCCGUUCAGCUCCCUGCCAGACAGUAGGAGCAAAAACAUGGGCUGUCUGCAGGCCCCCGAGGACCAGGUUGGUGUAGA